GGGCCUUCGUUUUCUAUCUUCAGGCCCCGCACCGGAAAGCGGCGCGCAUUGCGUUUCUGUUGCCCUCCGUGCGCAACAUGGCCAGCCGCCCCAUCGCCGCGGACCCCAUGCCAGAACCGUGGCCCGGCGCAGGCACAAGCCCGAACUGGGCGCGGCCGGUUCGACCUGGC